AUUCUCGUUUCUCUAUAUUUUCAGUGAAGCAACACGAAGCCCUAAUCCUCCUCUACAAUUUCUUUUUCGGGUAAUUGUUCGUGUGCUCGUCUCUAAUUUUAUGAAGAUACGUUUUUGAUGUAAUACAUCUUCAAUGGGACGCAGGAACUCAGAAUCUCCAGUCAGGGAUCGUGGAUCUCCUCGCAGGAGGACCCCCUCGCGAAGGGAAAGGUCUCCUGCUCGACAUAGGAGUUCGAAUUCAGACAAGCUUUCAAGUCGCAAUAGGUCACCAAGGCGUCCUAGGUCAAGGUCCCCUCAUUCACCUGUGAGGGAGAAACUUUCUAGUCGCACCAAAUCUCCAAAACAUAGAAGAUCACUAUCUCCUGUAUCUCGCUCUCCAGUUAGACAAAAACCAUCAAAACCUAUCAGGUCACCAAAACGUGUGAAAUCGAGGUCUCCGCCACCUCUUUCACCAGAGAAAGGAAAACUUUCGGGUCGAACCAGGUCCCCUAGAAGUGCUAGAUCAAGGUCUCCUGAAUCUCGAUCUCCUUCACCACGUAGUAAAAGAUUAAAAAGAGCUAAAACUGAACGUGAACGAGAUGCUGAAAAAAGUGGUGGGAGGGAACAUGAGAAAAACCAUGGGAGAAAGGCUGACAGGGGCACAAAUGAGGAAAAGGAUUUAGACAGGGAUUUGCCAAUUGAAAAAAAAGAUAGAAGGCCAGGAAGGGAUGCAGUUGGCGAUGGUUCUAGAUCAAGACAUGGACACUCACCUUCACCUCCUGAUCGUCACCACAGGGGUCAACGAAGAUCAAGAUCGCCUUAUACUGCUGAUAAUAGAGGACAUGAUGAGCUGACAAAUUCAAGAGAUACUGAGCAGCGGAAUAGUGAUAGUGAUUCAAUAGCUAAGAUGAAGGCUGCUGAAGAGAAAUUGGAAGCAAAGGAAAAACAAAAACCCUCGUUUGAGCUGUCUGGAAAACUUGCUGCAGAAACUAAUCGAGUCCGAGGUGUAACUCUGCUGUUUAAUGAGCCACCCGAUGCUCGAAAACCAGAUGUAAGAUGGCGAUUGUAUGUUUUCAAGGGCGGCGAAGUGCUUAAUGAACCUCUUUAUAUACAUCGUCAGACUUGCUAUCUUUUUGGUAGAGAGAGAAGGGUUGCAGACAUCCCUACGGACCACCCAUCCUGCAGCAAGCAACAUGCUGUUCUUCAGUAUCGACAAGUGGAGGAGGAGAAUCCAGAUGGUACCAUGUCAAAACGAGUGAGGCCUUAUUUGAUGGAUCUUGGAAGCACAAACGGAACGUUCAUUAAUGACAAUCAAUUAGAACCUCAGCGAUACUAUGAACUAUUUGAAAAAGAUACUAUUAAGUUUGGUAAUAGCAGCCGCGAAUAUGUUCUACUUCAUGAGAAUUCAACUGAUUGAUCCUUAUCAGUUCUCGGGCAAUAGCAUUUUUUGCUAGAGUAAGUCACCUCUCCGGUAGCAUGCCAACGCACUUUCAGAAUGCAGAGCGCAAGCAGCUCGAGUAUGUGAGAACAAACGCCUGUAUUACACUGAUGCCAAUCUUUAUUUCCGAGCAUGCGUGCGUUUUUUCCGCAAAUUAA